AUGACAUCGGGGCCUCAAUUUAAACCAUGUACAGACCCUCCUUGCAAAGUACAUGAUACAAGUGCGGAGGAGGUUUCACUUCAUCCUCACAACGGUGAUGGUUUCCAUUCUUCGGAAAAGGAAAAGCAGACCUCAGAGCCUCUUGUGGAUGAGCAUAAUCUCAACAAUGAUAAUCCAUCACUCUCAAAUUGGUCAAUUGAUCCCCAAAAUCCAACAAACCGGUCUUCUACGCGUAAAUGGACAACUAUUGUUCUUCUCGUCGUCACAAACUUUAUAGCAUCAACAUGUACCUCAGCAUUCGAGCCGGCGCUACCCUCCAUAAUGGCAGAUUUUCACUCUACCAACGGUUCAAUUGCCUCUCUCACCAUCUCUAUCUACACUAUAGGCUACUGUCUGGGACCUCUUCUCAUCGCUCCCAUAAGUGAAUUAUACGGACAUGUGACUGUACUACAUCCUGGAUACAUUGGCUUUAUCUGUUUGUGGUUCGAGCAAGAGUCUUCCUUAAUUUGUGGUAUUCCGUGCUAUCAUGGGUUUUGCGGCUAUCACGUUCGUACUCAUGGGUCCUGCGAUCGUGGCAGAUCUUAUCCCAAGGGAAUAAAGAGGACUGGCGUUGAGUAUUAUGUCCACAGGGCCUGUCGUUGUCCUGUUAUAGGUGGUUAUAUUGUGGAAAACAUCAGUUGGAGAUGGAUUUUCUACUCAACAUAUCUAACAACUCAGCAGUUUGGUGUAUUGUUCUCCAUAUCUCUUAUCAUUCUUGAAGAGACGUAUGCACCAGUAGUCUUGGAUCGAAAGCAAAAGAAACUGGGAACAGGCCUAUCCGCAAGUCAAAAGAUCACAACCCCCAAAACUCCUCGAGAAAUUCUGCAAGCAGCCUGGACUCGUCCCUUCAAGAUGCUUUUCCUCUCUCCCAUUGUUCCCUUUGUAGGCUUUUACAGUGCCCUCAGUAAUGCCUACGGAAUGGUAUGUUUCGCGACCCUCGGUACCGUAUUUCAGAACAACUACUCCUUCACACCUGGCCAAAGCGGCCUAGCAUAUCUCGGUCUUAUGUUCGGCUCCCUCUUCUGCCAACUAACUCUUGCUCGAUUUUCCGACCGUUAUAUGCUCAAAAUGGAAGCGAAAAAUAACGACAAGCGCCCGGAAUAUCGUCUCCCACCCAUGUUCAUCGGUGCAUUUCUCCUCCCCAUAGGAUUUUUCUGGUACGGAUGGUCUCUUGAAUAUCACAACCAUUGGAUCGUCCCCGUUCUUGGAAGUUCGGUUAUUGCAAUUGGUAUUCUAUUUAGCUAUCUGCCAGUACAGAUGUAUCUUGUAGAUACAUAUACUAUCUAUGCUGCAAGCGCUACUGGAGCAUGCACCAUCAUCCGUUCGAUCUGUUCAGCUUUGAUGCCGUUGAGUGCUAAUCCUCUACAUGAUGAUUUGGGAUAUGGAUGGGGUAAUAGUGUCUUAGCGUUUAUUGCAAUAGGAUUUGUGCCGGUCGCUUUGCUAGUGUUGAGAUAUGGGGAGAGGAUUAGAACGAAUCCACGCUUUCAACCGAAGCUCUGA